AUGCUCUUCGUGCGACUUGCAAGAAAGCCUCAAUUCUCAAUUACGCCGAUUCUGAGAAAAACCUUUGUUACAGAUAUAGCCCUUCCUAACAUCCCAUUCUUUCAGAAAAUACUUUGUUAUGCUCAAGCUCAACCUCCCACAAAACCAGCAAUCAUUGACGUAAAUGGAUCAUACACCUAUAGAGACAUUAUUAAAAAUGUCAUUCAAUUACGCGGCUUACUAUUGUCGAAAGGAGGUGUGAGCGAUUCGAAGGAGAUGAGAGUGGCCUAUUUAUACCCUAAUGGAUAUGAUUAUGUCAUCGCACAAUGUGCUGUUUGGGCUGCUGGUGGUAUUGCCGUGCCAUUAUGUAUAACCCAUCCGCCAACUGAGCUGGAAUAUGCCAUCAAGGAUUCUCAAUCAUCGUUGGUUUUGGUACACCCACAGUUAGAACAUUUGACAAGCAGCAUUUCGGGUCAAUUUGACAAAAUCGUUUAUGCUGGACCACAGGAACAAUACCGAGAAUUCGAGGUGCCUAAAUUAUAUCCGAUGGCUACAUCACGUCGUGCACUUAUUAUAUAUACGAGCGGUACCACAGAAGCUCAAGCACAAAGCUUGAUAAGCGCGUGGAAGUGGAGCGACAAGGAUAAGAUUCUACAUGUGUUGCCAUUACAUCAUUUGCACGGAAUUUUGAACGCACUGAUAUGUGCGUUAUAUGCCGGCGCAACAGUAGAAAUGCUUCCCAAAUUUGAUGCUAUGUAUGUAUGGCGACGAUGGACAUCACCUGCACGAGAUCUCACUCUCUUCAUGGCGGUCCCCACCAUCUACUCAAAACUGAUUCAAUUCUACAAGACAUCCCUACCACCUGAUGCACAAUUGAUUGCUACCGAAUCAUGCUCUCAAUUCCGAGUGAUGAUUUCCGGUUCAGCCUCGCUUCCUGUACCACUGAGAAACGAAUGGAAACAAAUUAGUGGCGGGCAAGUAUUAUUGGAGCGGUACGGAAUGAGCGAGAUUGGCAUGGCGUUAAGUAAUGGAUAUGAAGCAGAAAAACGCGUCGAGGGGACUGUCGGAUUGCCUCUCCCUGGUGUAGAGGUUCGGCUGAUUGCGGAUAACGGCACCGAUGUAACUGAAGAAGUAGAUACACCCGGUGAAGUGCAAGUCAAGGGACCGAAUGUAUUUAAAGAAUAUUGGAAUCGCCCGGAAGCUACGGCAAAAGAAUUUACUGAAGAUGGAUGGUUUAAAACCGGUGAUAUAGCCGUUAGAGAGCCCAGUACAAAAAUGUUUAGAAUCCUUGGGAGAAACAGCGUCGAUAUUAUCAAGUCAGGAGGAUAUAAAAUAUCGGCCUUGGAAAUUGAGAGAGAAUUGUUGGCACAUCCAGACAUAGCAGACGUUGCUGUUGUUGGCGUCGAAGAUGCUGAAUGGGGACAGAGAGUCGGAGCAGUCGUCGUGCCCAUGCACAAGAAUACCGCGAUUACUUUGAACGUCUUGCGAGAAUUUGCUAAAGAUAGACUGGCAAGUUACAAAUUACCUACUUUACUAAAAUUGUAUGAUGACGCGUUACCUCGGAACGCUAUGGGAAAAGUUAACAAGAAGGAACUGCUGAAGACUGCAUUCCCUUCCCAAAAAAACAAUUAA